AUGGCGAGCAACGACGACGGGCAGAAUAGUGUUGACCCCACGGGUGUGAUAAACAAUCAACGGCAACAAAACCAACCGAUUAUCCCCGUGCCGGCGGUCCACUAUCAGCAGCAGUUUAUUCCCGUCUCUGCCGCCCAGCAACAGCAGUACGCGCCUUUCCCGCCCCACCAACCGCAAGCACAGGUCGGUAGCGAUGUGUUCGUGCAAAUUUUGCAAAUGAUGCAGCAGCAGCACUACGUUCGGGACUACAUCACCGUCAUUAGCAGGGUGAUUUGGCGGAGCAUUGGCAGUCCUGCGUUAUCGUCAGCAACGGUGAAGGCGAAGACGGCAUCUGGCAGCAUACUAUCGCUCGAUGGGGAGUUCGAGUGCGACGUCACCAUCGGAAGCAGUACACGACGUGAGCUCAUCCGUGUAACCGAGAAGCAGCUGCAGUUACUCGGAUCCGAUUUGGUCGACAGUUUCAAUUUUUGGGCCGUCCCUAUGGACACCUUCUGCUGCCACGUGUCUGGAACGCCAGUGUCGAUAGGUGCACUCAAGUCGUCUUUUCCAGAGGUCUUCAGCGAGAAGCUCGGCUUGUGCACCAGAACAAAAGUGAAGUUGGAGUUGAAAGAAAACGUUCGACCCGUCUUCUGUCCGAAGCGUCCGGUAGCUUACGCUAUGUAUGAUACCGUUGAUCGCGAGUUCGACUGGUUAGAGAAAUUGGACAUCAUCACCCCGGUCGAUUAUUCGGAGUGGGCCGCUCCGAUCGUCGUAGUCCGCAAGUCCAAUGGCUCCAUCAGGAUUUGCGGAGACUACUCAACGGGUCUGAGUAGUCUCCGCAGCUCGGCAGCUCUCCAAUCACAGCAGUAUCCACUUCCACUUCCGGAUGACAUCUUCGCCAAGCUGGCUAAGUGUAAGAUCUUCAGCCAGAUAGAUUUGUCCGACGCCUUCUUACAGGUGGAAGUUGACGAGCAGUACCGUGGUUUGCUGACGAUCAAUACGCAUCGUGGUCUCUACCUCUACAACCGCCUGCCGCCGGAUUUGAAGAUCGCGCCUGGCGCAUUUCAGCAGCUCAUCGAUACAAUGUUAGCCGAACUGAAGGGCACUUCUGGCUACCUCGAUGACGUCAUCGUCGGCGGAGAAACUGAAGAGGAGCACGACCUCAAUCUACGGGGUGUCCUGAAGCGAAUCCAAGAUUUCGGAUUCACGAUUCGUGUUGGCAAGUGUUCGUUUCGCAAGCAGCAAAUCCGAUACUUGGGGCACAUCGUCGACAGUCGCGGGUUGCGACCAGAUCCGUCGAAAAUCGAGGCGAUCACCAAGCUGCCGCCUCCAGGCGAUGUAUCCGGUGUUCGAUCGUUUUUGGGGGCCAUCAACUACUACGGCAAGUUCGUCCCCAAAAUGCGCAUGCUACGCUACCCGCUCGACAAUCUUCUCAAGGUGGAGACGAAGUUCAGCUGGAGUCCGGAGUGCCAGAAAGCGUUCGACCGGUUCAAGCAGAUUCUCUCGUCGGAUCUUCUCCUCACACACUACGAUCCGAAGCGGGAAAUCAUCGUUUCUGCUGACGCUUCAUCCGUUGGACUUGGGGCUACCAUUAGCCAUAGGUUCCCAGAUGGAACCAUCAAGGUGGUCCAACAUGCAUCCAGGGCGCUCACGAAGGCAGAACAGGGCUACAGUCAGCCCGAUCGCGAAGUUCUGGCCAUCAUCUUCGCCGUCACGAAGUUCCACAAAAUGCUCUUCGGACGGCACUUCCGUUUGCAAACCGAUCAUCGCCCGCUGCUUCGUAUCUUCGGCUCUAAGAAGGGAAUUCCAGUGUACACUGCGAACCGCCUGCAACGCUUCGCCCUCAACUUGCUGCUCUACGACUUUGAGAUCGAGUACGUGUCCACUGAGAAGUUCGGCAACGCAGACCUGCUCUCCCGAUUGAUCGACCAGCACAUCAAGCCUGAAGAGGACUACGUCAUCGCGAGUCUCAAUCUGGAAGAGGAUAUUAGGUCAAGUCGUUGCGCAAAGCACCCAAGCAGAUCCGCUGCUCCGUCAAGUCCACCGCUACGUUCAGAACGGCUGGCCCCAGUCAAUACUCUAUGGGUCAGAACUUCGCCGGUUCCAAUCAAGGCAGGAAUCGCUCUCUGUGGUGGAUGGGUGUAUUUUGUUUGCCGAACGACUCGUCAUCCCGUCGUUGCAUCGGAAACGGUGCCUCGAACAGCUGCACCGUGCCCAUCCGGGCAUGCAGCGAAUAAAGCCAUCGCUAGGAGCUACGUGUACUGGCCUACGUUGGAUGCCGACAUCGUCAGCUUCGUCAAGGCAUGCCAGCAGUGUGCGUCUGUAGCUCGAUCACCUCUUCACUCUUCACCGGUGCCGUGGCCCAAAUCGACCGCUCCGUGGCAACGCGUCCACGUCGACUUCGCCGGUCCAAUCGAAGGCGACUACUACCUGCUCGCUAUCGAUUCGUUCUCUAAGUGGCCCGAGAUCAUCCGAACGACCCGCAUCACCUCUGCUGCGACCAUCAGCAUCUUGCGUGGGUUGUUCGCGCGGCUGGGUAUGCCCGUAACCUUGGUCAGUGACAACGGUACCCAGUUUACCAGCGCCGAAUUCGCCGAUUUCUGCGCUUCCAAUAGUAUCGAGCACCUCACGACAGCACCGUUUCAUCCACAAUCAAAUGGCCAGGCGGAACGAUUUGUGGAUACCUUCAAGCGAGCCGUCAAGAAAAUCCAAGAGGGGAGAGGAUCCAUUGAAGAAGCACUGGAUGUCUUCUUGCUGACGUACCGAAGCACGCCCAGUCGUGCUCUGCCGGAUCAGAAGUCGCCAUCUGAGAUCAUGUCGAUCAUGUCGAUCAGAAGUCGACAUCUGAGAUCAUGUUUGGUCGCAAAAUCCGAACGUGUCUCGAGCUUCUGCGUCCACCAUCGGUACGUGUCCCAGUGCCAACCGACGAUGACCGCAAGCAACCGAGGUCCUUCAACCGAAACGAGACCGUGUACGCCAAACUACAUAGUCGUACCGGUUGGAAGUGGGCUCCUGGUGUCGUCGUCGAGAGGAUCGGAGACGUUAUGUACAACGUGUGGGUCGAAGAUCGCCGAAUGCUACGCUCGCAUAUCAACCAACUUCGGAGUCGCCUUGCUGCUGGCGCGAGACCGACACUGUACAUGCCACCUUAAACCAACAUUCGCUGCCGCUGGACAUUUUGCUGGAUGCCUGGGAUCUCCCAAGCCAAUCACCAGGUCCAUCUUCACCAGAGCCUGUCUCCAGUGCUGA